AUGCUCCAAGGCGGAGGGGAUCACGCGCACGCUGUGACUCCAUUGUGCAACACCAUCGACUACAUCUAAGUAUCGUACAACGCGUGUUGACAAAACACGGGGAGUCUUCAGACGGUCGAUGAAUAUGGUCCAUACUAGUAUAGUCUAGAAAAAGGUGGGUACUGGGCUGUCAUGAUGUCUUCGUCGACGCCAAUGAGGACACUAGUCCCUGUCAGAGACAGAGGCCGGUGCUCUGGCAGUAUUCUCCCACUGCCAAGGGUGGCUAUUUCCUUUCGUG